CUUCACGGAGAGUACGGAUGUUUGACGAGGAAUAUAGAGGAAACAAGGCUUACAUAGCGCAUCCUGCUGUACCGAUUGAUCAUAGUUGGUUACUGUUCUUCUUCAUAGAAGAAAGGCAGUAUCAUCUGCUGUUCUGCACCAUCUCGUUGACGUGCUCGGCUGUAAUUGAUAGAAGUACAGUCUUGGACAAUUAAUUAUUUGAGAUGUCCAUACCGCGGAGUUCAGUCGAUGCGUUGCGCCAAGAGCUGCGUGAUCUGGAUAACCAGAGGCGAGCAAUUGAAGACGAAAUCGCCCUGCUAUCGGAACGGUUAAACGCCCCCGGACAGCCGGGUAUAAAGGGUAGUCUACUUGAUAAAGAGGGUUUCCCACGUGCGGAUAUUGACGUGGCGCAAGUACGGCGCGACCGCAACCGCCUGAUUUUCCUCACCAACGACCAGAAGACCCUAACGGACAAGCUGGCUCGGUUGCUGGGCGAGCUGCACACGGCGACCAGGGCUCAGCAGAGCUCCACAGCCGCCGCAGCAACACCCAGCGAGGCUGGCGCCGUCGCCGCCGCGGGGCCCGGCAGCACCUCAGCCUCGCUGCCUUCCAGCACCCCCUCAACAGCAGCAACGCAAGCACCAGUGGCGGCAGCCGCUCCUUCAGAAGGCGCGGACGCGGGCACGGACCGCACCAACGCGGUCCGCUCAACGGCGGCCAACGGCACCGCCCCCAUGGACGUUGACGGUACGGCGUUGGCCAGUGGCAGCGGUUGGGUCAAUGGCGAGGCCGUGGCGCCACCUGCUGCGGUGCUGGUGCCGUUCGCGCUGGUGGAUGAGGUGUCCGAGGGGUCGCCUGCGGCGCUGGCGGGCUUGCAGGUGGGCGACCUGCUGUGCGGCUUUGGGGAUGUAGCCGUCACAACCACAUCACAACAGCAACCACCAGCAUCCUCCUCCUCCUCCGCCUCCCUGCUCCAGCGGGUGGCAGGGGUGCUGGCGAGCAGCGAGGGGCGCCAGGUGGUCACGCGGGUGCUGCGGCAGGGGGCGCCGCGGGAGCUGCAGCUGGUGCCGCAGCGCUGGGCGGGCAGGGGGCUGCUGGGCUGCCACCUGCGCCCGCUGUGAGCUGCUGCAUCGCGAUGAGGGGUUGCCUUUGAGAUGAGUGACGUUGGUAGCGGGGCGGGGGCGAGAGCGGUGCACAAUUGGCGAUGGGGGAUCGGUGAGUUUGGUGUGGGCCAAGGAGAUACGUGACAUGAUGCAAUGUGACUUUCAUUGAAAACUACACCACGGAAAUAGGAAGCACAUGGGUUGCAUGCAGCUGAGCAUAGUUGGCAGGAGGGAUGCUGUGUGCAAGGAGGUGCAGGAUGUAGGUUGUGUGCAUGCAUGCAUGCGGCAGGCGCUUGGUUUUGAUGAGGGUGGUGCGGACCCCCGUGUUGGCCUCCUGGUGACACGUGUGUUUCGUUGGUGUACGACAGGCGCGGCAUACAGGCAUGGACUCGUACCAUAAUUCGCACUUCAGCCUGUCAGGGAGUUGAGUUGCUGCUUGCAGGGGUUGAAUUGUGUCCCCAGGCCACCUGCUCUGCUUGGAAGAGACCAGUUAAGAGGACGACAGCGCCCUGUCCGUUUGUCUUGCGGUUAUGACAGUAGUGGGCACCUUGCGGUGGUGGUACCCUUGACUUUACAUGCAGCCAGCUAGCCAGCUGCCUCCAGCCAGCCUUGUUAGCUGUGUCCUGCUACCGUUGGGCGUCUUGCAUGAAGGCAAAGAAAGCGCAGGCGUCGCUGUGCCCCUCCUCAAUCGUCAAGUCCACCCAUCAAUCGGGUGUCCAGUGUCUCCCAGCACUCCUGUACGGUGCAGUGCAC